AUUUAUUUCUUAUUGUACAAAAAACUUUUUGAAUUCCCUGUAGAAAGAGAUUUCGCUAACGAAAAAGCUUUCAAUGCUACCCAAUACCCCUCCAUUUUCCAAAUAUUUUUACGAAUUCGUUUUUUUGAUAUAGAAGUGCGUUUUUUUGGAACUGCCAUUAAAAAAUUAUGA